AUGUCCAAUCAUCAUGAGAAUCCUUUGUAUAAUUCCUAUUACGGCAAUGCGCCGCCCACCACACGCGUUCCCCUGCCCUCGUACCCCUCCCAGCAGAUAAACGCCCAACAAUAUCACCAGCCUCCCCAGCACGUCCAGCACGUCCAGCCAGUGCAACAACUCCCACAAUUCCAACAUCCCCAAAUCCAGCAGCAGGCUUAUGCUUCCCGUUCUCAGUCAUCGCAGUCCAAUCCCCAGCAGCAACAGUAUGGGGCUCAAGGACAAGGCCAGCUUGAUCAACAACCACAGCAACCACAGCCAGAGCAGCAGCAGCAGCAGCAACAACAACAACAAGAAUCCCAAGAACGGCAGACCCCGGAGGAGCCUUCAGAGGACAGGCCUGCCAAGAAGAAGCAGAGGAUCACCCGGGCGUGUGAUGCCUGCCAUGGCCGCCGUCAAAAGUGCCAGGGCUUCCAGCCAUGCGCAAACUGCAUCAAGAAAGGCGUAGAGUGCACCUACAACAACCCCUACUACCGAGGCCGCGCAAGGACUCCUCCUCCACCUCCCAAUGAUCCCAACACCCGCAACUUUGCCCGUACCACAGACAUCCGCGGAAAGGAGAUACGUGAGCGAAGCUGGGUCAAGCGAGCCUGCGAUAUCUGUCGGGAUGGACGCCAUCCCUGUUCAGGCACUCUACCGUGCGAUAGGUGCUUCACCAUGAGGCAGGAGUGCACCUACAAGAAACGCAACAGUCGCAACCGAUACGAAGAUCUUCCGAACCCGGAAUUGAGGGGACCUGGAAAUGGUGAAGGUGAUGCUGAGGGACAGGCCAUGAGAGACGACAUUGCUCGCCACGGCGGCCCUGAACAGGACUACCUGAGCCUCAAGCUUGAUCGCCGCUACGGAGAGGAGGACACUCCACCUCUUGUCUUUCUUCAGGCGGCUUGGAAAAAGCUUGCCCAGGUCCAGCGUACUUCUCAGCUUCCUCUUGAUCAGCCCUGGGACCGUUCGACAACCGUUCGGUUUCCAUCCAAUCGACAGAGGUGGUACCAACAGCAGGACCACUUCUUCAGGAGCUGGAACGGCACCUUCCAUUUUCUCCAUCGUCACACCGUACGGAAUUGGUUGGAACAAGUUGAAAAGAACUUUGUGGCUCGUCAGGAGUUGUGGUAUGGUGUAGGCCAUGCCCGUGCCGCUGUUGCCCUUAUGACCAUGGCUCUUGGCUCGCUCUUCAGGGAUGCUCCAAAGUCGUGGGUGCGCAUGAACAAAAAAACCGGCAAGGCGAUGAAGAGCAGGAAAAUGCCUCCUCCAGACGACUAUAUCUGGUCCCUCGAAUACGGCGAUUCAUUGCUAAACACCGCCCUAAAUCUCACAGAUGCCGAGAAAGGCGAUCCGAGGUUAGACUCUGUCCAAGCUCGCCUCUUGCAGGACUUGUACCUCUUGAGCACAUGCCGUUUGAACAAAGCUUGGUAUACAUUUGGCAAUACCCUUCAGAUGAUCACAAGCCUCGGUCUUCAUCGGCGUGUGGGCAGAAACCGUGGACUUGGACGCGACAUUAUCAAAAGACCGGACUAUGCCAAGCUCCAGUGCGAGAGGCGGACAUUCUGGACGGCUUACAUUAUCGACAAACAACUCAGCAUGGUCUUUGGACGACCCAGCCACUUCCGUGACGAUUUCAUCGAUCAGGAGCUUCCAGACGCUGUCAACGACGAGGACAUGGGGCCCACUGGCCCUGUUCGGGCACACAAGGGGGAUUGCUACAUGGAAGCACUGGUCUCCCAUGCCAAGUUGAACAAGCUCAUCGACAAGCUCCUCCACCAAGUAUACUCGCUUCGAGAGAUCCCCGACCAGCAAAGGAUCGAUAGCGCUCUACGCAUCGGCAAAGAGGUUCAGCAGUGGAGGGACGAGCUGCCAUACCUCCUCAGGAAUCUUAAGCCCACCUUGCUGCUUCCCCUUUUCCAGAGGCAGAUGGUUUUCAUCCGGAUAGCACACUGUCAUGCCACCAUGCUUGCCUACCGGCCCUUUCUCACCACGCCCUACCCUCAAUCAGGCGAACUGAAAGAAGCCACUGACUACGCCAUCCGCGAGUGCGUCGACGCGGCACGAGUCAGCCUCAGUGUCGUCACCGGCCUUGGUCGCACAGAGGACAACGCGCAAUUUGUGACGCUCUGGUACCCCCACCAGGUCGCCUACUGCGCCGCCGUCGUCUUGAUCAUCCUCCCGCACAUUCGCGAGCGCCAGAAAUUGUUUGGUGGCCCUCACUACCGCGGCCAUGAAGUGAUGGAUGGCAAGUUGCACAAGCUGGUGGAAAGAGGCAUCAAGAUGUUGGCGUCGGAUACCAGUCCCUAUUCGCCCGCGCGAAAGUGGGCCAUCAUAUUGGAGGAGCUCAAAAGGGAGGUGACGCGCCAGACAGCUGCAAAUGAGAAUACCCCAGCGGAUGGGGAGGAGAAUGGGGAGGAGGAGGAGGAUGAGGAGGCUGAAAAUGAAGUUGAAGAGGCUGAUGGCGUGUCGCCAGAUGAUCAGUUGCUGGAGGAUGCCCUUCGCGCUCAUUGGGCGGCAGAAAUGGUUGGAUCGGUGCAAGAUCAAGUUGCAGAUCAGGAGGGGGAGGCCACGACGCCAGGUUUAACGAGGAGGCUUUGGGAUAACUGGACGUUUACGGAUUGGGCGGAUCUUGACUCUGCAGUAAGUUGGCUGUUUACAUGCUGUUUGAGUUGCCGUGCUAAUGGUUCCCUAGGCCUUUGGACCUAUUGCCGACUUUGCUGAAGAUCCAGCUCCAGCUCCUGC